AUGGGAACCCCCGCCCCUCGACUCCCCGGGAAGCGAUUCCCGGAUACCCGCUUCCAUAUUCCCUACGAUUCAUCAAGCUUCGGUACCAACAUCCGCUCCAAGAUGCUCACUUCGUGCCGAAUACCUCCGCUCGUGUCCCUCCGCCGGCGCUUCUGCCUGCGAAUAGUUGCCCAGAAGGUUGUAUUUCCUGAAGGGAUGUCGGCGCUACCAGAGGAGCCACUCGAGCCCCUCGAUCCACUUUUGCCUCCGCUGGAUGAAUCCUUUCCGGACGACGAGCUCUCCCCGGAAGACGAAGAGCCUUCUCCAGCCGAGCUCUCGCCUGACGAACUCUCCCCAGAUGAUGAACUCUCUCCACCCGAGCUUUCGCCAGGCCGGACUUGA